ACCAAUUGAACAAUUUGAUUACAGGCUGCGUCGGAUGAGAUUCUUGAAUAUUUCCCUAGGAGAAGGUACAAAAGGUUGAGAAUCAGCAAGUCGCCAUUGUUUGUUGUGCGUGGAUUCCAAACUAGUACACCAUUUCUGUGAGUUCAAUAUCGAUAAGGGAAUCACAGAUAAAAGUGAACGACUUGUGGUUGCAGAUUCAUUCUCUAAAGGAUGCAUGCGAUAAACGUAGUGCAGAUUAUACGAAUGGUGACCAGUAGCAGCAGUAAUUCGAUGUUAGGUGCAGAGAUUGAAUUUGGAUCGGCGAUGUUCUACGUUUACGUUGGCAUCUCAUGUUUCCUAGUAAUCUUUGCCGGUAUCAUGUCUGGCCUUACUCUAGGAUUAAUGUCUCUUGGUCUCGUCGAGCUCGAAAUCCUCCAGCGCAGUGGCACCCCGACCGAGAAAAAACAAGCAGCUGUCAUAUUUCCUGUGGUUCAGAAACAACAUCAACUUCUUGUAACAUUGCUUCUAUGCAAUGCAGCUGCCAUGGAGGCCCUGCCAAUAUACUUGGACAAGAUUUUUAAUCAAAUUGUUGCAAUCGUGCUUUCUGUAACUUUUGUUCUGUUUUUUGGAGAGGUGAUUCCGCAAGCAGUGUGUACCAGAUAUGGACUCGCUAUAGGUUCUAGUUUUAUUUGGCUUGUGCGUAUACUGAUGAUAGUUUGCUAUCCGAUUGCUUAUCCUAUAGGCAAGAUGCUUGAUUUGGUAUUAGGACAUAAUGAUGCUCUAUUUAGGCGAGCUCAAUUGAAGGCCCUUGUUUCCAUCCAUGGCCAGGAGGCUGGUAAAGGAGGUGAACUCACUCACGAUGAGACGACAAUUAUCAGUGGAGCACUAGAUUUAACUGAAAAGACUGCAGAGGAGGCUAUGACACCAAUUGAGUCAACAUUUUCUUUGGAUGUCAAUUCAAAGUUAGAUUGGGAAGCAAUGGGAAAGAUCCUUGCAAGAGGUCAUAGUAGAGUCCCUGUAUACUCUGGGAACCCAAGAAAUGUUAUUGGACUUCUAUUGGUGAAAAGUCUUCUUACUGUACGAGCAGAAACAGAGACUCCAGUAAGUGCAGUUUCCAUCCGGAGAAUUCCAAGGGUUCCAGCUGACAUGCCUCUUUAUGACAUACUGAAUGAGUUUCAAAAGGGAAGCAGUCAUAUGGCAGCUGUAGUCAAAACUAAAGGGAAAAGUAGAAAACCCCCUACACUUGAAGAAGAACCAAAUCAAGGAACAGUCAGCAGUCAAUAUAUUCAAUCUACAACUCGAUGGCCAUCAAAGCAUGGUGAAAAGGCAGAAAAUAUUGUUAUUGAUAUGGAAAAGGCUCCAAGAGUGACCACACAAACCUUCUCAAAGCAGGGUGAUGCUGGGCCAAAUGGAGUGCCUUACUCAACAGAGGACAUUGAAGAAGGUGAAGUGAUUGGUAUAAUCACCUUGGAAGACGUAUUCGAGGAACUUCUUCAGGAGGAGAUUGUAGAUGAGACUGAUGAAUUUGUUGAUGUCCAUAAAAGGAUACGUGUAGCCGCAGCUGCAGCUGCUUCAUCUGUAGCCCGUGCUCCCUCCGUUAGGAGAUUAACAGCUGGAGGCCAAAAUAAGCAAGCGCAAACUCCAAGGAAGUCUGGUGAGGAUGAUUCUACUUCAUCAAAGUUGCAGAGGGCUCUCGUUGAGCCUUUACUUCGUAAAGAGACAUAAAACAUAUAUACAGAAAGCUCGAUUUUGUAAGUGACGCUUGAUCUCAAACUUCAUGGUCAAUGUCGUUAGAGAUGGUUACGUUGUGUGCGUUUAGACAGCCAAUCCCAAAAAUAUAAAUAAGAAACGGGUGUGCAAUUUGUUGUGGA